AUGUCCCAAAGGAAACUACAGCAGGAUAUCGAUAAACUAUUGAAAAAAGUAAGAGAGGGACUGGAAGAUUUUGAAGUCAUUUAUGAAAAGUUUCAAGAUACUGAACCGUCAAAUAAUUCAUAUAGAGAAAAAUUAGAAGCUGAUUUGAAAAGAGAAAUCAAAAAAUUACAAAAGCAUAGAGAACAAAUUAAAACUUGGUUAAGUAAAGAUGAUACAAAGGAUAGACAACAAGCAUUAAUGGAAAAUAGAAGACUUAUUGAAAAUGGUAUGGAAAGAUUUAAAUCAAUUGAAAAAUUAAUGAAGACAAAACAAUUCUCAAAGGAAGCAUUAACAAAUCCUGAUAUUAUUAAAGAUCCAAGAGAAUUGAAAAAAAGAGAUCAAGUGGAAUUCAUUCAUGAAUGUCUGGAUGAAUUACAAAAGCAAUUGGAAUCUCAUGAGGCUCAAAAUGAUGAUGAACAAAUUGAAAGACAUGAAUUUCAUAUUACAAAUUUGGAAAAUAUAUUAAAAAUGUUACAAAAUAAUGAAAUGGAUCCAGAAACCAUUAAAGAUUAUCAAGAUGAUAUUAAGUAUUACGUCGAAAAUAAUGAAGAUCCAGAUUUUGUAGAAUAUGAUACCAUAUACGAAGAUAUGGGCUGUGAACUUAAUGCAACUACAACAACUCCUGUACCAGUAUCUGUUCCGCAAGCUGCAGCAACAAAGAAAUCACCAAAGAAAGAAUUAAAUUCAGCAAAGAAAGAAUUGAAAAAAUUAACGAUCUCGUCAUCAUCUCCUUCUCCAUCACCAUCUCCAUCACGUCAAUCUUCCAUUAGAAUACCUUCGCAAACUACAAAAUUGAAUAAUUUACCAAAAUCAACAUCAGAUAAUACUAAACAACCAGCUACAAUUAAUAAUAAUAAUAACAAUAAUAAUACUAAUAACAAUAAUAAUAUCCAACAAGAGCAAGACGACGCAAAGGCAACUCAACAGGAACAAACAACAAAGAAAAAUGAAGAUGAUUCACAACAAGAACAAGAAUUGCAAUUCCCACCAGAUAAGACAAAGGAAAUUGAAGAAUCCAUUAAGAAUGAUAUUGAAAGUAAUAAAGCCUUUAAAAAUCCAUUAUUUAAAAAAGAAUUAAAAUAUUGGUUAGCUUCUAAGAAACCAUUAAUGCAACCAUAUAAGGAAAUGCCACCAAAGAUGGUUUCUCAAUUGGAAUCAUCAUUAUUAAAUUGCCCGGAUUCAUUAGACGCUGAUUCACCAUAUUUAUAUCAAGUGCCUUUAUCAAACCCUCAUCCAACAUCAAUUUUCUUCCCCAGUGAACCAAUAAGAUUUACUUACCCCUAUGAAGUUAUUAAAUCAAAUCAAGGAAAUUUAAAUCCAAAUGAUAAAACCCAUGCUAGUCAUCAAUCAGUAGAAGAUAUCUAUUCCCGAACAUCUUUGGCCAAAAUAUUCUCGAAAUUCGAUUUGGAUACUCUGUUUUUUAUUUUUUAUCACUAUCAAGGAACCUAUGAUCAAUUCUUAGCCGCUAGAGAACUGUCUCAAAAUAGACAUUGGUUGUUUAAUAAAGUAGAUUCUUGUUGGUAUUUUAGAGAAAUUGAAAAAUUACCACCAACAAUAAAUAUGUCCAAUACUAUCCCAAACAACAAGAGAGAAGAUAGUAAUAGUGAUGAAGAAGAAUCAUGGAGAUAUUUCGACUAUAAGAAAAGUUGGCUUGCAAGACGUUGCGGCCCUGAUUUUGUUUAUCAUGAAGAAGGUUUCGAAAAACUUUGA